UUAAGAGGGAGAGAGAGAGACUUAUAAGUUCUCGAAUUAAAAGUUUUCUGUAAGUUACUUUUAACAAGAUAAUCUAAUUGAUGUUUUGAACGAAAACUCUGAUUUGCCAUCUUAUACUUUGCAUUCCCAAUUUCAGAUCUCCCCUUCUCCUUCUCCCAAUAUUCUAUUUAUUAUAUAUUGAAGCGACAAACCUAAAACAAAACAAAAACCCUAAUAUUUUUAAUUGCAAACGGCCUCUCGAACAAUGGCGAUGUUAGAUCUUCCACGUGAUUUGUUAGAGGAUAUAGUGUCUAGGGUUCCGGACGAGUCUCUAAGAGAGUUGCGAUGUACUUGCAAACAAUGGAACGCUUUAUUCAAAGAUCCAGGAUUCACCAAAAAAACGAUUCGACAAAACAGCAAGAGAAGUUAUUGUAAUGAAGAAUGCAAAGCUUUAUUUCUUCGACGUUGAUAACCGAUCACGUCGAGUCUCCAAGGCCCGCAUUGAAUCCGGCAGCUUAUUUGCUAAUGAUUAUAUUGGCAAUGCAAAAAUCCAGAUAUCUGAUAUCUUUCACUGCGAUGGUUUAUUGUUGUUCCGUACCAUGAGCGGCAACAUGCUUAUCGUUUGGAACCCUUGUUCGGAUAAAACCAUGUAUGUCUAUCCAAAUGAAUACACGGGUUCCAUCUUUGCCCUUGGAUACCAUAAGGAACUGUGCGAUAGCUACAAAGUCUUGUGUAUUUUAUCCGACAAGGGAAUCCUCAGAGUUAACUAUCUUUGAUAUUUACAAUGAUCCAUGUUUAUGGAGGAAUCUUGAUGAAGUCACUCUCGGCUGUGACAUACAAUCUCGUGGGGUGUCUUUAAAAGGGAAUACUUAUUGACUGGCUUCAGAAGUCAUCAAAGGCAUUUUACUACUACUAAGUUUCGAUUUCACAACCGAGAGUUUUGGACGCAUGAAUCUUCCCUUUCAGCGUCUUGGUUAUGAGAUUUUGGCCUUAUCAGUUGUUAAAGAAGAGAAACUUUCGGUUUUGCAACAGAGUUUGGAUACAUCAAGGGUAGAGAUUUGGGUGACGACCAGUGAUAAGAUUGAUCAGACCAAGGUCAGCUUGUUAUGGAGCAAGUUUUUGGCAGUGGAUUUGACCACUUAUUGUGACCACAGGUUUACGUGUGAUGUAAGUUUCUUUAUCGAGCAAGAGAAUGAAGUCGCCGUUUGUUGGGACAAAGCAAAAGCAUACAUUUUUGGAGAGGUUCAUCACAACAUAGAUAUGGAUUUCGAAGAAAAUAUUGGAUGGAUACCUACUUUUCCAGCAGUUAUGUGCCAAGGUUGGUUCAAAUUUAAACUGAAGCGUACGAGAAGAUAUAUAAGGGAAAUUUGCUUUAGUGAACUCUUAUUGUGACCACAGGUUUUACGUAAUUUCUUGCAUCUCAUC